AGAGAGAGGCAAAGACAGAGUCGCACACCUUUACCUUUAGCGUUGAUUUUGGACGUCGCAACUGAACAACUGACGCUUCGCGCUCGCUCGCUCGUUCUCGCUCUCCGUGGGACUCGCUCUCUCUCGCACAAAGUGCAGCUGAGCUGCCGCCGCCGCACUUGCCGCUGCCACAAAUACAACACGGCCAGCUGAACGAACGCUCUACGCUCGCCGCCGCCGCUGCUGCCGCCAGUCGAAAGUCAAAAGCAACGUGUUGUGGACGCUUUUUUCGUCGCGUCGUUGCGUUGCGUUCUCUCUCUCUCUCACUCCUUUUCCUAUCACCAACACAACCAAACAACCGACACACCAGUACACCACCCACCAACCACCAACCACCCACCACCCCGAUCCCCCGCGCAGGCUGGGAAAACUUUCACCAUUACCAACAACAACAACAAUGUCCAGCAGCGCAGCCGCAGCGCAGUUCAAGCUCGAUGCCAACUCCAAUGCCAUUGCUUUGAUAGCCGAUGUUGCCACGCUGCCACUCCCCCUUUCGCCCACUGCAACAACAACAACAACGGCGGCGGCGGGAGCAACAACAACCGCACCAGCUGAUCGCGUGGAAUGGUCGCGCUCGACGAUCCUGAACUUCAUCGAGGACUAUCGCCGGCAGCGAGUCCUUUGGGAUCCCAAUACCAAAGGUUACCACAUCAAACAGACCAAAUACGAGGCACUGAAGCUCCUGAGUCAGAAAUAUGGCACGGAAAUCCGAUCGAUUAGAUCGAAGAUCAAAUCCCUGCGCAGCUCCUUCCAUCGGGAGCAUGGGAAGGUCCUGAGCGGACGAAGUCGCGGCGUUAUCUAUCAGCCCAUGUGGUUUGCCUACGAGGCCAUUAGAUUCAUACUCGAUGGCGAGCGGGAUCAGGAUCGCGAUCAGGAUCAAGAUCAAGAUGCCGAAACGGAAACGGAAGUGGACGAAAAGCUAGCCCUGAUGCACAGCCUGGAUCUGGAGCAGCUGAAGGCGGACAAGCUGGUGGACAGGGACAUCAUACUGCAGGUGGAGCAGCAGCAGCAGCAGCAACACGAUGAGCUUACCGCUCGUAUUGCGGCCACUGUGGCCGCCGUUGCUGCCGCUGCGGCGGCUGCCAACGCUCGAGAUCGGGAGCGGGAUGUGGAUACCGCUGGCGAUAUGGAUACCACACGGGAAUUAGAACUCGAGGAGGCGGCGGUCAGCGGUGGCCUGAUCGAAUCCUCCUCGGCGGCUGUGCGGCUCGACUGGCGAGUCUGCAUCGACUUUUGUACACGUUCCUCUUCCGAUUUGGAUGGCGAGAAUUACUGCAACAUCAGCGCCGAGGAUGUGAAAACAGAAAUUAUCGAACACGAAUCGGAGCUGGGGAUGCUGGAACGGCGGACGAGCACGCCGUCGCCCAUAAAUUACUACAGGCCGACGGACCUAACGUACAACCACCGCAAACGCAAGGCGAUGGGCGUGGAGCACGUUGUGGGCGCUUUGACAUUGACGCCCAUCAAGGUGGUGGGCGGAGCGGUGGGGGCGGGAACGAUCGGUUCCGCUGGCCACCAACAGCAACAGCAGCAGCAGCAGCAUCAGCAGAUGAACCACAGCCAGCUCGCGUUUCAGGCGCUGCAGCAGCACUUUAGCCACAAUCACGGUCUUAGCCUGAGCCACUGCAACGGGCAACCGCAGCAGCAGCAGCACCAACACCAGCCACAUCAGCAGCAGCAGCAACAAGCGUUGCAACUGCAGCAACAGCAACAACAUUCCAGUAACAUGGCACAAAAACGUGAUCGUGAUCGUGAUCUCUCAACGUCAAAUGGCAACGGCAACAGCAGCAACACCAACAACAACAACAACAACAACAACAACACCUCCCUGGACCCAACAGCAACAUCCAGCAACUGCAGCUCGAGCAGCAGCAACAACAGCGCUGCCACGCCCCCCAAGCCGCUGAUCGGGGGCGGCGGACUGAGUGCCAAUCAUGUGGACGAAUAUGGUGUAUUCGGGGAAUACGUGGCCAUAACCAUACGCAAACUAAAGACGUCCAAGUCGAAGAUAGUGGUGAAGCACCUGAUCAACAAUCUGCUGUAUGAAGCCGAGCUGGGGAAAUACGAUCAUGGGAUGCCGGCCAGCAAGGAGCCGCCGCAGUUGUAUAAUAUGCAAUAAAACUAGCAAAUAGCCAGGAUCGGGAUUUUGGAUAUUGGAUAGAUCCGACCAAAAAACAAUGUAGACAAACGAAGACGGGGAGGGGUGGCAGAGACAACAACCAACGCACUAGUCAGCAAAGCAACAAUUGGUCAAAACCAGAGCCAAGAAUUCGUAGAACCAGGGGGUUUAAUUGGGGGGGAAGGGGAGGGGUUUAGAAAGCGGGUGACAUGAGCAUUUCAUUCAGGGACAAUGACCAUAUAAGUACUUUAUCUAUAUACAUUUAUAAACACAUGAACGAUAUCAGUGAGUAUAUCCGAAGUCAGUCAGUAAAAGGAGUGCAGUUGAAUUAGGGGUGAAACAAACAACAUACCAUUAAUUAAAUUGAAUUAAUUAUAAAUGCUUUACGUUAACAGUGUAUUUUUAUGCACACACCCAUAUACAUAUACGUAUGUGUAUAUAUGCUACGUUUAUAAAUAUAUAUAUACUUUUUA